CUUUAAUGAUUUGUAGUAUAUCUGUUGUAAUGAUUCACGGUGUUUCGUUGAUAUAAUUAUUCUAUAGACACGUUGUAAAUUACUGAUCAAUUACUCUGUUUUAAUUAAAAAAACAACGGAGCAACAAAUUUUGUUACGCAUACACAUGCGCUCAAGCUUUGUGGUUUUCGUUCAUUUUGACAUUUACGGUUUUUUACGUCUUGUUUUCUUAUAUCUUAUCCUCUUUGUUUUGUUCCCUUCGGAUCUUGCUUCAGACAUUAAUCUUAAAUCCGUCGAGAUUUUAAUUUUCGAUAAUUUGUUUAUGUCCGAGGGAAAAAUGAAAGAUUGAUAUUACAUCUGUAAUAUCAAAAGGGUAUUAACGAAAUAAGCCUAUUAUGAAUACGGAUUCAAAAUUCCAUUUGGUGAAGUUCCGGUGUAUCCGGUAUAUUAUUAAAAAAAGUGGAAAAAAAAAUGGACAACAACGAAGAAGAUGUUCGUCAUUUUAAAGAGAUAUACAAAAGAAAACCUUGCUUUACAAAAUCAAUCGCUCAUUAUCAUGCUUAUCCGAAUUAUGCUUCCGGCGAUCCUUACUCACGAUGCGAACAUUCAAUGAACCACAACGUCAACCAGAUGAAUUCUUAUGGUCGUAAAAAGAAAUCUAAAAUGCAUCGUUGUCCUUCCUGUCAUUGUCAGUUAAAUUUUAAAAGAACAUCAUCCAAAAAGAGGGACAUUGAUAACAUCGAGGCAAUUUUUAAGAAAACUGAGCAUAUAUUUGACAAUGCAUUGACAAACGGUGGUGUAAAGAAAUCGUAUAGCAUUCCUCUCUCACCAAAAUUAGAUCCCCGUUGUCAUCGUACUCAUUAUUCCAAGAAAACAUCGAAUAAUUAUCAUCGACAAAAGGAGCAUAGGAACGAAGAAGAGGAUGAAAAGUUCACGACGAUAAUUGAUGAUAUCAUUAAUAAAGGCGUCGAAAAUGAAUGUUAUAACAAGUAUCCGAACCUUCCGCUAAUUAAUAUGUCGAAGGAUUGUCAUUGUAAGAACAAUCAGUUUUUACAAGACAUACAAGAUUAUUCUGAACUGGACAGUAAUUUUUUUGAUAAAUGUUGUGAAAAAUAUCAUCGAUCAAAGAGAUGUGAUAGUUCCAUGGGAGAAUUUGAAUCGAAUUUGAAGAAAAAAGAAAGCGACCUAGAAUAUAGGCAGUAUUUGAAACAACAGUAUCAUGAGCUUGAUCAGUUGAAGUACACUUCUCAUAUAUGUGAGAAAUUGAAGAAUAUCGAUGAUCAGCAGUGCAAAGAAGAUGAUUUAUCGAACGUCGAACAAACAGAGAGAAAGAAAAAAUCGAACUUUCCCGAGGAUGAGACGAGAAGAAAGAAGAAGGAACAUCAUUUCAAUAACGAAUUGCAAUGUAUUGAUGCAAAGUCUUCUAAGGGGCCCCAAGUUUCGAUGAGUAAUAAUAAGAAUGUGCCAGAGCAGAGAAACGAUAAAACUGUUCAACAAAUAGAAGUUAGCACCAGCUAUCAUAGCAUAAAUGGAGAAACGGAUGGUGACGUCGAUGAUUUUUUGGAGGAUGAAAAAUUAUGUAGAGAAUUGAAGAAUAUUUCUUACUUGAAACCCUGUCGUAUAUCAACUACUGUCAAAAAUAAGAAAGUUACGAAAUCGUUCGAGGGAACGACUUGUGACGGAAAAGAAAUUAACGAGAAAAUCGAGAAUUCUGACGUUGUUGAGAAAAGUGAUCAGCUUGAGGAGGAUCUCGAUCUUCACGCCAGUAAGAGUCAUAUUCUGAAUUUGAUCGACAAAGCUUUGAGCAAAGAAUUUGGUCCUUUGGACGUGAAAAAGAGAGAUCCGGUUAAGGAAGAAAUAACACGGCAAGAGCUGUGCAUUGAGAUAAGUCGUGCACUUCAAAGCGAUAAUUAUGAUUCAUUGGCGCAGAUGUUGUUGAGCAAUCGUGGUACGCCAGAUUACGUAAGGCACCUGAAAAUCUUACGUUGGGAAUAUCUAAAUCAUAUUCAAGAUAAGCUGAGAAAGUUAUAUGAUCUCGAGAAGAUUCUCGACGAUUGUUCAUCGCCGAGGAACUCCUUGUUGACCUUGCAAUCGCAUACAAAUACCACUGAUCAAUAUAAGCACGCUCGAACGUAAAUCUCACGCAAGAGAAGAAAGAAAUCAAAGAAGUCAGCAAGAGAAGAGAGAAUUCAAAACAAAUUGAUCUUAUCCAAAAGGGAGAGC